CGAACUCCUAAUGACACAAUGACAGAAGCAGUCGAAGGGCAAACGAAUGGUGAUGGUGGCAAUCGACGUGUUAGCCUGGAAGGAUUAGGGCAUGGUCCGGCAGGUAGACAACAAGAUAGGUUUACAUCACUUUCAACUUUAGGCGCUCAAGCACCUUUAAGUCCAACUGAAUCUCCUGAUGGAUUGAGGAGUGAUUGGAUCAGACAACCACUUGAGGCGAUCAAAGAAUUGGCUAAUUUGCUUGGCCCAAAUGUAAGCCAAGAUCAUGCUCAUUCCAACGGCACAUCCGACGUUGAACAGAGAAAUGGGAUCGUAGCUGCUACGACAAUUGCGAAUGAGCAGACGCCACUACUACAAAACAGUCGUAUGGGAGAAAGGAGACAAAGCUCUGCCCCCAACGGAGGCAGGAAAGGGAAGUACAUCGGCGGAGGAUGCUACUGUGAUCCUUUGGGCAGAAUAACCACUAUGAAUGCUACUGAAACAUGCCAAGAUGAAUCUCAUUCUACGCCCACGACAAGAAAACCGGAUUGUCAGAUGUGCAAUGGUGGAGGAGGUGCUUGCUUUGCAUAUGGAAGCGUAGUACGUCCUCCCAGCAUCUUUUCUACUGCAACACUGACGCAUCAUCAAAAAGGUCCUUCAGGAAUGACUUUGGCUGUUUUGGCUCAGGUUUGUUUUGCAGUUUUGAGUUUAUUGGCGGCUACCUUGGCUAAACAUCAAACAGAGCGUGGACAACAAAGACGGUUUGAUGCAUUACAGAUGCUGAUAGGGCAAGCAAUUCUCACAUUCGUCAUCAGCCUGACAACAUUGCUCAUCUUCUCCAGAGAGAAAGUCAGUGCCGUUUUUGGAAGGAGAGGUGCGCGGUUAUGGCUAUGGAUACGAGCAUUGUGUGCAUCAACGACAGCAAUUCUUUUCGUUUUGGCUGCACAGGUAUUACCGAUUGCGGACGUUUUAUCGUUUGUCUAUUUGGCACCGAUCGUAUAUAAUUUCACUUCCCAUCUACUCUUUACCUCAAGGCAUCCUUUCCGUGCACAAUUGGUUUCCCUUUCGCUAUGGAUAGGAUUGGUGUUGAUGGUACAACCAAACUUCCUAUUUGGCAAUUCAUCACAAGAUGACACGUUUGAGGAUGAAACUGUUGCAGCAUUGCCUUUAGACUUACCUGCUUUGGUCAAUGCACAAUUGCUUACGAUCUCUGUUCGGGCUGGCUAUGCUGCUUUGACAGGUUGUGGAUUGUUUACCUUGUUCACAAUGGCAGUAUUCGAUGAGACAAUCUUCAAGAAUUCUCAACGAAAAGUGUCAACAUAUCAAACCAUUCUGACAAGCAGCUUUAUCACAAUCGUAGCCGGAAUAUCGGUCCGAUUCGCCAUUACGAAAGAUUGGGAUAUGAUCAACAUUUCCGCACUUCAAAAUGGAAAAUCAAUCUUGCUGUUCGUAAGCAUUGUAGUGAUUGGAUUUUUUGCCAAGAUUUUACAAGAUCUUGCAUUGAUCAGAACGGGAGCUUGUCAAUUUGGCUUGAUAAGCUUCUUACAACCUCUUCUUUCAACAGGAAUCGAUUUAAUCUUUCCAGAUUUAGCAAGUGACGUUUUGUCUCUUGCAGGUUGUUUACUCAUCAUUGUUAAUCUGGCAUGGAUUGCUUCUCCUUUUGAUGACGAAGAGGAAGAAGGGCAUUAGUAUCACUUUUAUAAUUCAUGUAUUCUAGUAUUCCCCGCAAUAAUUGAAAGAUCUUCUUUUUGUCCACAACCCACGUG